CGAGUUGGACAAGAAAACAUGGAGGAUUUGGCUGUGGAGGUGUGCGGAAAAAAUGGGGCUUAUUAUAAGGGUUAUGUGAAGAAUAUUCACCAGGAUCAAGUAACGAUUGCUUUUGAACAUGAACAAAAUGACUGCAGGAGGGUUCCCUAUGAAGAAGUCCGUUUGCCACCCGCUUCAAAUCAACGAUGUGAUCUAUAUGUGGACGAUGAAGUUGAGGUGUUUACUAGAGACGAUGACGGGGAGCCUUGUGGCUGGUGGUUGGCCAGAAUUGUUCACAAAAAGGGAGAGUUCUAUGUGAUUCAGUAUGCUGGAUGGGAUGCAACUUUUAAUGAGAUUGUUCCACGAGAGAGAAUACGCCCCUCCAGUCGCAAUGGACCAAUUUGCAAAAGUAUGUACCACAAGGUGAUGAUAGAUGUCCCCCAGGAUCUUAGACAACUCUGCAAGGAUGAGAUGACGCAUAGAGAGUUCAAGAAACAAUGUGGUGCUUCUUGUGUGUAUUACCUUGAUGAAUUAGCAGUGCUUGUUGCUUUGUCUCGUUCUGAACGCCCAGUGAAGUGUGCUGCUAUGCUUAGUGAAAUUCACUUCAGAAGUCUUAGAACAAAAAUGCUGUUACAGUCCUGGAUGGAUGAGACAGCAAGACAAGUGGAGACUGCGAAGAAACAGAUGGGUAUCGUUGAGAUGUUGACACUUCCCGAUCAUCUGAUGGGUCUUGCCAUUGGUGCCCAGGGCGCUAACAUCCAACAGGCUCGGAGACUAGCAGGGAUCAUCUCUAUUGAGGUGGAUGAGGAAAACUGCACUUUCCACAUCUGCGGAGAAAACGAAGCAAGCGUUAAAGAAGCCAGACGGUUGUUAGAGUUUGCCGAGGAGACUGUUUAUGUACCGAGACCUCUUGUAGGGAAAGUCAUAGGUAAGAGUGGUCGCAUCAUACAAGACAUUGUAGACAGGUCAGGCGUGACGCGUGUUAAAAUUGAACCUCCAGAAGAUAGAUCGUCUAUGGAUGAGAAGGCUGCCAAGAAAGAAGUUUCCUUCCUUUUUGUUGGAACAAAAGAGUGCAUUGCUAAUGCGCGGAUGAUGUUAGAUUAUCAUUUAUCGCAUUUAAGGGAUGUUGAGUUGAUGAAGAAAGAGAAGGAAAGUCUAGACAGUCAGCUUAGGAGUAUGGGGAUAAACCCGCCCCCAGGCCCCGCUUACAUACCCACCCCGGCGGAGAUGCGGCCUGGACCGAGCCUCUCCUUCAUUGGGCAGGACAAUAUGUUGAGCAUACGAGACCGUUCUCUAACCACGGAGAGUUUCGCGGGGGAUUUGAGUGAAGGGAUGUUCGUAAGCACUAAAGACGGCCCGAAAACGAAGCCGACCGUACGAAUAAGGUCGAGCAGUGAGUCGGAAGGUACCGAGAACAAAGCGAAUUCACAGCAGUCCACGAAGAAUACUGGAAACCGGCGGGCAUCAACGCCCACACCAGAAUUGAAAGGAAUCGAAGAGGAGACUGAGGAGGGCGAUCAGGGGAAGAGUGAGACUGGCGCGACCGCAAAAAAUGAACCCAGCGAGAAAGAAGAGGUUGUAACAUCCUCCUCCCCACCCAGAGAAGGAAAAGUUAGGAGACCGUCGCCUUGGUUCACGGGAGGCAACCGACGAACAGAUAGCGAAGGAAAAGACGAGAAACGAAACGACGCACAACGAAAGAACAACGAUCAUAAUGAGUCUAGAACAAACCACGGCAACGGAAGCAAACAGCAGGGCCGACAAGAUCAGAGGCAUCGAAGCGGAAGUAAACCUCAACAGCAAAGGCAACAGUCACAACCAGUACAAAGACCCCGAGGAAAUAGCGGCGGCCAAUUCCGGCCGAGCAGUGGAAGUCUUUCGGCGAAUUGGAGAGAGCGCCAAUCUGAGCCAACGCCCAAGGAAAAAACGAAGGAAGUUGAGGUUAAGAAAGAUAGUGAAAAAAGCACGGAGCGCAAGGUCUCUAAGGGAGACGACGAGAAGAAAGCAAAAGGAACAGAAGAGGUAAAACAAAAUGGAGAUGCGAAGAGCCCGGAUGAGAAACCUAGCGGGCCUGUGAGCGAUGAAAAGCCCGCUGACGCAUGCGCGGCUAAAAGUAAGACGCCGCAAACUAAGAGAAACGUUCAAGAGAAUUGAGAGGAACUUGUGUGGAAACCAUUCCUUUGAUGUAGAAAAUUGUACAGACAGAUAGAACUCUAUCUAUCUAUUGAAUUAUAACAACUAAUUUAUCGAUGGAUCAGAUCUCGGCCUAUUCAAUUUUACGCACAGUACCUAAUCUACAGCUGUUCUGUUCAUGCAUCAAGCGAACGAUCUCAUUUUUAAGUAAUGAUCUUUAUUGAUCUUGCCAACUUCAUGGUGCUGUGAGUUUUUAAAAAUCCUCAAUCAAUCAAAUACUGUUACAAACUACAUCCACCCGUACUUCUUACUCUUUGGAAAGGUAUGACUCUUCUUUCGCCAACAGUGAACAGUGAAAGGACUUAAGAUUGAAAUCGCCAGAUCCGAAAUGAUUUUGAAUUGAUAUUUUUAUAACUCGAUGCAAGUUACAUCUAAGUGAUGUAAGGAAUAAAAUUACGGGCAGUUAAUGAAA